AUGUCAAGCACCGUCGUUGUUCCCUCUGCUGAAGCUUUCCGCAUGUUGGAAAGAGAAAUAUCAAAAUGCGUCAAACCUUGUAAUCAUGAGGUGCUGUGGCCUGGAUUUGUUCCAUCUAGACUACUUUAUGUUAGAGGGCCAGCUAAUAACGGGAGUGUGCGCCUUGUUACACGAGGAGAUGUCAUUUUAGAGUCGAGCUGGGCUUCUCCCCGCCAGUCGGUGCGGUAUGCUGCUCUCAGUUAUUGCUGGGGUCCUCCUGCAGACGCGAAAAACCAGAGCAAAACCGAACGCAUGUCCUUGAAUGCCAGGCUCCAAGCCAUCCCGAUCCAAGAGCUUUCCCCUGUUAUUCAAGACGCCAUCAUGGUGGCUCCAAGGCUUUCUAUUCCGUAUCUCUGGGUGGAUGCUUUAUGUAUCAUUCAAGAUGACAAGGUGGACUGGGAAAAUGAAUUUUCGCUCAUGGGCUUGAUAUUCUCCAGUGCCUAUAUUACAAUCUCCAGUCUUGCCUCCUCGACCUGCCGGAGCGGAUUCAUCCAGCGAAGUCCUCACUUCUCCUCGGCCAAUUUAUCCAGUGAGGUGGACGAUUGGUUCUCGUCUUCCUGGUCAACCUGGGGAUGGACAUUUCAGGAAGAGAAGCUCUCGACGAGACUGGCCUACUUUGGCCACUCGAAAGUCCACUUCUGCUGUAGCAACUGGAUCUGUACGGAGGAUCGUCCAACUUCGGGUGUCGUUUAUGAGAAAUUAAUCAUAGAUCUCGGGCGAGAUGCUCUCCUACCAAGCCAGGCCCAAAUUCUGAUGGAUUUCUGGAGACACGAACUUCUUCCUCAAUAUUCGCAACGACAGUUUACAGAAGCCAAAGAUAAACUACCAGCUGUCGCGGGAGUGGCAAAAUAUAUCGGCGAUGCUACGGGAUACGACUACGUCGCGGGGUAUGUGGAAGCCUGGACUCUUCACUGA